AUGGCUCUCCCCUCAAUAUCGUCCCUCUCUCAUGACCUUCUGUACUCAAUAUUCUUCCUCAAUGCUGAUCUCGACCAAUACUACGUGCUUCAAGAGCUUCAAGAGGGCAGAUCUCAUAACCACCCAGUUCUCUAUGACGAUGAAGAUACAGAUAAUGAAGAAACGCAACGCAAGCCUUCCGCGCAGUUACCUAGUUCUCCACCUAUCCAAAUGCCUGCAGAGCAAUCGUGGCGUGAAUUCCUCUUUUGCCAUCCGCUAUCGGUGCUUCGACGAGCUUCCCAAGUUUGCUCCCUGUGGCGAGGAAUCAUUCUCUCAGCACCCCUUCUCUGGGGCCAGCUCAUCGACAUUGAUGUCUUAUUCGUAUCACACCGGGAUUGGAUCGCCGAGGUCCUCUCCCGAUCUGAAGGUGCUCUCCUUCAUGUUCGCGCGCGGCGAGAAACCCAUCGCCUCCUGUCAUUCGAUCUCCUCUACAACAACCUAGACCUGGCAUCGAAAUACCUCGAUUUCACUGGGAGGGUUGUCGAGGAAAACUGGACAAGGAUCCAGAAACUAGAUGUCCGUUUCGACCGCUGGAUGGGUUUUUGCGAGGUCGGAUUUAGGGAUCGGACGGACGUUAUCAAACAGCCCACUCACGUACUGGAGUAUUUCAACUUGAAGAUCGAAGACAGCAAGAAUCUCAACUGGAAGAUCCAAGACACUAAGAUCGCAUUUACCCAUUCAGCUGGCAAACUUCGGCAUUUCCACGCAUUCAGCAAUAUUGCCUUCUCGAUCCAUGCACCUUGGGUGACCACGCUACACACGUUGGAGCUUGUCCAGUCUGCACCCCCCUGGUCAAUAUCGGAACUCGUCACGAUUCUCCAGAAGAUACAGCGUCUAGAAAAGUUGUCCCUGGCAGUAGCUUGGAAGCGCGUGGAGAAUGACGUUUGCAUAACACAUCCUCGAACCAAACUCCCUCAUCUUAAUAGCGUCAGCCUGUGGGAUAUGAGCGCCGCGGGCUGUGCAGUCAUACUCGAAACCCUCGUUCCAACCCAUGUACGCCACUUCUAUACCAAGACUUAUUACCCUCAAUCUGAAGCCGAGAUACGCGCUCUUCGAAACGCCAUUCAAGCCUUCGCCCUUGACCGCCAGUUCGGCAAAUACCUGACACUCCAGGUCUUCUUUACGGACGGGCAGUUUGAAUUCUUCGACAAAGACCCGGCUCCGAACACAUCUUUCCAACUUUCAGUACAGCAUCAUAUCGGCGUCUCGCACACCACUGUCCCUCCUCAGAUGCGCGACGAGUUCAUGGAGGACUUGUUCCGUAUCUUCGCACAAGGAGACUUUAAAUAUACGCGUUAUUUAACACUUGGACCUGGAUUUGACACCUUGGGGCCUCGCGUGCCGAAUCAUGCCCGGUCAGAGUUGUUGAACGCUGUGCGUCUACUCUUCCAGGCACUUGACAGGGUAACCGUGGUCUCGCUUCCUGGAUACAUUAUCACGGUCCUCCACACGCUAAGUCGGCGUGAGGCCACCAAUGAAGGACCAAUUUUCCCCUCGCUGCGUCGACUGGUAUCGAUGAAUUGGUGGGAAGAAUUCCCCGCUGCUACCCGAGCAUUUUAUGCAGCUAGAGGGCAGGAAGGACAUGCCCCUCCUUGCCUCGAUAUUGGUAAUAGCUAUCUCCAGAGCGACGUGUCGACGCUGAAUGACAUCACUGGCCUUCAGCUCCUGUACAACAGAACAGAUGGUCGCCGGGGCUCAUAUAUAUGUGGUGGGAUCUGGCCGGAGUCUCUGAAGCCGGACUUGGAGAAGGCUGAUGGGUUUUACUCUCAGUUUCGUACUGAGGAAAUCGCAGACUAUGCAUCAUGGGCUGCUCACCUAGCGGCAAAGCUCGGAAUCGUCAUUCCAGAAAUUUUGGGAAAUGUCUAG